AUGGAGACCAGUGUUGUACAAACUUUUGGCGACGACGACAAGAAGAAUGAUGAUAUCAGUUCGACUUCAGAGGAAGGAGUUGUGAACGAAGUGGUAGAGCUCAAAGGCUUUUCCGAGGAGACCAAGAACGCUAUUAAUCAUCCGAAUAGUGAUGUUUGGUACAAAGACAAGAAUGUCUACAAAUUGAGUUUUCUCCUCUUAGUCAACUUACUCUUCUUCUUAUGUGAGUUGAUCACGGGUAUAGUCAUUCACUCUCUUGCAUUGUUAGCAGAUGCUUUUCAUAUGUUAAGUGAUUUAAUGUCACAAGUCAUCGGGUUAGUCGCUAUCUUGUUAGCUAAGAAGAAAGCGUCUUCGAAGUUGACGUACGGCUUUGUCCGCUCGGAAGUGAUAGGAGCGAUGGUCAAUGGCAUCUUCUUGUUGUCCGUCGGCUUUUUCAUCUUCAUCGAAGCCAUCCAACGAUUCAUUGACAUUGAAGAGAUCACCGACCCCAAAGUCAUGUUAAUUGUCGCUGCUAUUGGACUCUUUAUUAAUCUUGCUGCUAUGUUACUCUUCCAUGAUCAUCACCACCACGGUCAUUCCCAUGGCGAGAAGCACUCCCAUUCCGAGAAAAAAUCAAAGAAAGCGGAGGAGAAGGAGAUGAAAGUCGACAUCGACAACUACCAAAAAGUCGGUGCGACCGAUAAACCCGUUCAAGUCGAUAUCGACAGUAGUCACAUUGAAAGUGCUACGAUUAAAGAAGAUGAUCAUUCUCAUAGUCAUGACGAUCACGAUCAUGAGCACGAUCAUGGACAUAACGAAAAGGAACACCACGGGCAUGGAAGUUUGAAUAUGAGAGGCGUCUUCUUACAUGUCAUGGGAGAUGCCUUAGGAAGUAUUGUUGCUGUUGCUGUAGCUUUAUGUGUUUGGUUCAUCGAUGGGGAUUGGAAGUACUAUUUAGACCCGGCACUGUCAUUGAUAGUUGCAUGUGUUGUCAUGUCAUCAGGUGUCCCAUUGGUCAUCUCCUGUAUUAAAAUCUUGAUGCAGAGAAUACCACAGGGGAUCUCUAUGAAGAAGUUGAAGAGAGACAUCUUGGCUGUCGAUGGAGUGGACUCGAUACACGAAGUCCAUCUCUGGCAAUUGGCGAAUGAAACCAAUGUAGCCACAAUUCACUUGUUUUUGAAUGAAGUCGAUCGGUUCAGAGUCAUGGAAAUUAUUCAAGAAGUCAAGAAUGUGUUCCAUGAACACGGAGUCCACUCGACCACUAUCCAGACUGAACUUGGGAUUGUAGGAGAACAAGAAGUUAAGAACUCUGUUCAACACAGGAAGUGCUUAAUCGACUGCCCAAGUAAUGAAUGUAUCGGUGACCGAUGUUGCAAGGCAGUGUUGGAAGAUAAUUGA